AUGCAUGCGAUGGUGUCCACGUCGCACAAGAACGCGCAGAUGUACUUCGAGCGUGACACCAAUUGCAUACGCAAGUUCUUCGGGAAAAGGUUCAACUGGGUGCCGGAGGAGCCCCUCGAGGGGCCCGGCGUGGAGUGGCCCCGCUUUGCUGACGUGGCAGAGGGCGGACGCAACCUGGACACAGAGCUGGCCGCCAGCGGGCUCACGAAGGAGAACCAGGAGCAGCUGGAGAAGGCGCAAGCGGAAGCGGAACCGGCAGAGGAGGGAGACGACGAUGCGGCCACCGAUUCACGUGCUGACAGGCCCUCAGACGGGGAUCGUAACGGCGAGGCGUCGGCCUCAGAAGAAGCUUCAACGUCUGAGUAG